UUGUUAUCAUUUUGAUUAAUGUGAUUGCAUAAUAAUUCAUUUUAUACUGACAGCGUGAACAAUUUAUAUGAAUUUUAUUUAAAAUAAAAAUAAAUAUAUAAGAAACUUUAAAUAAAAAAAGAAAAAAAAAAAACAUUUUAAAAAUGAUUGACGCAACUUGUAACUAUGUGAAUCCUUAUGCUGCCACUAAGUUCUCGAAUUCUAAUGAACGGAUUAAUAUGUCUGAAGAUGAUUUGAAACCACAAGUUGUACCGACACACGUUUCGGCAAAUAUGUACAUUCAUCCAGUAUCGGCAAUAUCGACGAGUUCUUUAAUGGCACCUAAAGGAACAAUAAUGCAAAAGCCCAUCACCAAUAACAAUGGAUCAGGUUCAGCAGCAAAAGUUCAAACUUUACUCCAACCUCAGUAUCCACCACAAACAUCAUCUACCGGAUCUGUUUCACCGAAUUCAAGUCUUUCGGCGAGUGUUUCGCCGAGUGCUUUUCCAUCGCCAACAUCGUUUUCUUCAAGUCCUCCAACGCAAAAUGUUGACUUGGGUAGCAGUUACACAUGGAAUGCUUAUACAAGAAGCCAAUUUCCAUAUGCUCAAUAUGCGACACCAGAUUAUUAUGGAAAUAUGAGCAUGUCAGCGGGAGCUCCCUGGUUUCCUCAUCAGGCAUGGACUUCCAACUCUUAUGGAUUUGGAAAUGCAUUCGAUGAUAUAGCUUUUCAAACUCAAUUACAACGAAGGAGUGUUCGAUGCACGUGUCCGAAUUGUACAAAUGAAAUGUCCGGUUUACCACCAAUUGUCGGGCCUGAUGAGCGAGGACGUAAACAACACAUCUGUCAUAUUCCUGGAUGCGAGCGACUUUAUGGAAAGGCGAGUCAUCUGAAAACACAUUUACGCUGGCAUACUGGUGAACGUCCGUUUUUAUGUUUAACGUGUGGCAAACGUUUCUCAAGAUCAGAUGAACUUCAGCGACAUGGACGUACUCAUACAAACUAUCGACCAUAUAGCUGUCCGAUUUGCUCGAAAAAGUUUUCGCGCAGUGAUCAUCUAAGCAAACACAAAAAAACCCAUUUCAAGGACAAAAAGAGCAAGAAGACCGCAGCUGUUUCGGAGGCUGAAAAGGGACUUUCGAAAAAGACGGACGAAACUGCACCAUCAGUGGGUGAUGUUAAGCCAACUCCUGUACAAGCUACUACUGUCUUACCACAGCCAGCGUUAAAACUUGAACCAACAACAACAACUACAGCUGCCUCUUCACCCGAAGUUCCUUCCGGCUAUAAUCCUUAUCAGAGCUUUUAUCAUCAGAGUUCUUCCUUAUUCCCUCCUCAGCACCAACAAUCCACAGAGUCAAGCAUACAAAGUCAUCAGCAGUCUAAUUCUUCCAGCUAUUAUCCCACAAUGACUAGCAUGGGUGAAAGCUCAACAACAUCACCAUACACCUCAUUGUCGCAUAUGCAAUACGAUCCAUUGCAAGCGAUGAGCCAAUCAGCCAGCAGCUACCCUAUGAAGACCGAUAGUUAUCCAGCUUACCCAGAAUUCAUCAGUAAUAGUAUGAUGUCAGCGCCGUCAUCGACAGUUGGAAAUUACCCUGUUUCCAUGCAUCAUCACCAUCAUCAUCCUUGGAACGCACACAGUUAUCAGAACUAAGUUUUUCAUUUUUUUUUGAAAUCCUUUGAAUGUUGCCAUAAAAGAAUGCUCAAAUAAGUCUUCUAUGUAAGAUAAAAAACAAAUACUGUUAUAAUUAUUAUUAUGGAAUGCAGUUUUUUUAUUUUCUUGUAAAUAUUAAUUAAAAUUUAGAUAAUAGAUUUUUUUUAUUUUUAAUAAUUAACAAUAUUGAUUUAAAAUACGAAUUAUAUAGCUUGUUAG